AUGAAGCCGAAAGUCGGCCCUUUGUUGCUGUCGGACUUUGGUGAGGCCCGGCUCGGCCCCGGGCCCCAUGCCGGCGAUAUCAUGCCCAUCAUGUACCGGGCUCCGGAGACGCUACUACAUAUUCAGUGGAGCUAUCCGGUUGAUAUCUGGAGCGUUGGACUUACGGCAUGGGAUCUCUUAGAAGGACGGACACUCUUCAGCGCCCGCAAAGACGACGGCAGUUUUUCGGACGGCGCCCACCUGGCUGAGCUCAUUGCCGCUCUCGGCCCGCCACCACAGCAGCUGCUGGAUCGGCACCGAGCACGUGCAUUAGAGUAUUGGGACGAACACGGAAACUGGGGCGAGUUUGUACCAAUCCCCACAGAGAAAACGCUUGAAGCAGCAGAGACCAAGCUCGGUGACAACAAGACUUUAUUUUUGCACUUCAUUCGGCGCGCCUUGACUUGGGAUCCGCGCGCUCGUCCGACGGCACGAGAACUACUGUCCGAUCCAUGGUUAGCUAGUUAG